CGUCUCAUCGCUCUUUUUCCGGCAUCUGCCAGUCGAGUUCAGUCAGACACAUUUUCGUUCUGCCGCGAUAAAACUCGUUUAAAAUGUCGCUCGUGAUUCCCGAGAAGUUCCAGCACAUUCUUCGAGUGCUGAGCACCAACAUCGAUGGUAAGCGGACGGUGCCGAUUGCGUUGACCGCCAUCAAGGGUGUUGGCCGUCGUUAUGCCCACGUCGUCCUGAAGAAGGCCGAUGUCGAUCCGUUCAAGCGGGCCGGAGAGUGCUCCGAUGAGGAGGUCGAGAAGAUCAUUACCAUCAUCUCCAACCCCCGCCAGUACAAGAUCCCAGAUUGGUUCCUGAACAGACAGAAGGACAUCAUCGAUGGCAAGUACUCGCAGCUGACCUCUUCGAUGGUCGACUCCAAGCUGCGUGAAGAUUUGGAGCGGCUAAAGAAGAUCCGCGCCCACCGUGGUCUCCGUCACUACUGGGGCCUGCGAGUGCGCGGUCAGCACACCAAGACCACCGGCCGUCGCGGUCGUACCGUGGGUGUGUCCAAGAAGAAGUAAACGAAGACAACAUCUGUGGAUUGUGCGGUUUUUGUAUAUUUAUCCAUACACAAAUUUACCACGUACCGAGAAGCCAGCCGGAUGAUAAUGAGGUUUGAUGUUUCUGUAUUGUUUAUUCCGAGGCUAAACUAGCAUAGAUAAGUUUAAGAGCAACCUAAACCAUACGGUGGCUCGGAAUAAACGGUUGGAAAGUGAAUAA